AUGCUAUUUAAUUUAAAUUUCUCGCCAAAUUUAUAUUUAUUCAGAAUGGGCGAAAUAAGUGAUAAAACAAAAAUUGGAAUCAUCACCUAUAUUGACAGACUUUAUAAUUAUGUUUGGAAUACAAAACUUGGGCCUUUGGAGCUUCGAUUUCCUUUAAACCCAAACUUGACUUUUGAGCCUGGGGAUGUUGUACGUUAUGUUCAAUCACAUGAUGGACUUGCACCGCAGAUUGUGCACAAUUUACUUAAACAUGAAAAAGCUCAAAAUCAGCUCAAGAUUGUGAGAAGUCCAAGAAUUCAUUGGAAAGUUGAAGUGAAUUUGGUUUUUGCAUCACAUUCUUCUAGGGAAUACAGAGAAGCAAUGGAGAAUGAUGAUGAAGAUAGACUGAAAGGUAUUGCAUGGGCACAAGAUUUUCUUUUGGUUGCUUCCUAUCUAGAUAAUGUUGAAUAUGAAGAAGGCGUUGUUUAUCGUGCAUAUAUUACACGCAUUCCACACCGUUGGGAGCCUCUGGCUAGGAAAAUUGGUACCAUCUUUGCUGUACUCGGCAGACAGUUUGAAAAAUGUACUGAUCCGGAGGCUGUUGAGAGGUUUUGGAGUCUUUGUACUUGGAAGGAUAUGUUUAAUAGCAGUGAAGAAACCGAUAUUGGUUUACCUCUUGACCCUAAUUCAGAUUCUCGUGGCAGUGCUUCCAACAAUAGAAUUAACGGAAAUGAUUUGGAAAGACAAAAUGUUUACAAAGAACAACAAGAAAAUUCUAAUUUUGUUGAAACAUUGCACGAUUCAAGUUCGAGUGAAGGUGAAGAGAAAAUUGGUUUAGUUGUUAUUUGCAAGAAAGAAUAUUCUGUUAUUUGGAAUCCAUUUGACGAUCUUGUUCGUGUACAAUUUGGUCAACAUCAAAAUGAUGGAGAUAAUCAACCUCCUAUAUGGCCUCUCUGUGAAUGGGUUAAGUAUCGUUGUAUGCCUGAAGAAUCUCAAAUUGCUAAUGGAGUUGUUUGUAAAUAUACUGCUUAUGAUAUAAAAAAGACUAAAGCACUCAAAGAUGUUACUCUACUUAAAAAUGAAAAUGUUGCGGUUAAGUGCAAUCUCUCUUCUGGAAAAGCUUUCAGCAGUGAAUUCUUUACUGCAAAUGAUUCUUUCUUUCAAUCUGUUUUGUGCAGUUGUAAGGAUCGUGUAUUAAAGGAACAAAUGGAGGAUGAUGAUGCUUCUAUUGAUGUUUAUGCUAUUUUUACUGAUGCUUAUAAGCAUAACAACCGAUGGAUGGCUUUUGCUUUUCGUGAUAAAGAUUAUUGGAGAAAGAUUGUUGGUUUACCUUUAACUGUCGAUAGUCAAGUCCAACCUUUUUUCACUCGAUUUGAAAACAGAGCAACGGCUGCAUUCGAAACUAUGAAUGAUGAAUUGCUGGGUACAAAUCGAUUUAAGGCGCCUACCGAUUGGAAGGGUUAUCGUCACGAUGGAGAAAAAAUUAUUGACGCUAUUGGAGUUGUUGUAUGUUUUGAAGACGAUGGACAAACUGCUGUUAUUGCGACAAAGUUUGGAUUAGCUCGUCAACCUACUGAAUUAAAAUUGGGAGUUUGGGUUGUUACAACAAUUGUUCCUGAUGAAAGACCGCCCCUAUUACUUAAAAAUAAAAUACGUGAUCUUGGUUCGUAUAUUGUUAAAAGGAGUAAGAAAACUGGCCCUCUUAUGUCAACGCGGGUAGUUAACGAUAAAGGAAUUAAUAAAUUGCUGCUUUGUUGCCCAGUGGUAGCCGAAGCCUCCAAAAUCUUCAGAAAUGAAUAUUUGGGCAAAAUAUAUGAUUUGGACAAUUUAAUGAGACCACAACAGAAUGGUCAAUUUUGCAGUUCCGGAUAUCUCGUUGAAUUGUGCUUUUCGCGAUCGGGGGAAGAUAAAAGCUUACGAUUUUGGAAAAUCCUUAAGAAUCACGGGGAGUACAACAAAACUGUUAAUUGUCUUUCUCAUUUUCCUCACGAGAUGGGACUGACAUGUGAUGACGCCCAUACAAUUCUUUUGGAUCAAAUUUAUGAUGAAGAUGAAUUGUCCAAACAGAAUAAAUCAAAUCAACAAAAUAUUACUCAACAGAGCAAUAUUGAUUCUUCGAUAUUAAAUCAAAAUACAAGCAAUAGUUAUAACUGGGAAUCUUCUAAAGAAAAUCAUCAUUUUGCCAAUACACUUCCAUAUCAACUGCCUAAAGUUUCUGACUUAAACAUCCAAAAAUCUAACAUUUCUGAACGUCUAACAAGUCAUCAACAAGCAUCUCCCUCCAAAUCAUUCCAAUCUCACAAACCUGCAAGUCGAAUUGUUUCUAAUCAUGGGACGGAUGAUUGCUCAAAAUUAAUAAUGGAAUUAAAUCGAUAUCAACCUGCUGGUGGAGAGACUAAGCGUCAACUUGGCAUCGUCGUUGCGAAAACUCCUAAUUUUGCUAUUCUUUUUACAAGAUUAUAUGGGGAUGCAAUUGUAUUGCCUCGAUAUAUGAAUAGCCAAGAAGAAUUUGAUCAACUUUUUGUGUUAGGACGAUUUAUUGGUGCUACUUUUUCUAGAGUUAAUGAACCAAAACUUAAUGAAUUAACCUAUCAAUUUAUGUGCUUACCAGAAUAUAAGCUUAAUAAAAGACAAUUGAUUGAAACUCGUGUUGUUCUUGGACAAUUUGUGCUGGCUUUUGUAAAAUGCAACUUUAGACAAGAGAAUAUCAGGGAUUGCACUGAGGACAUGAAAGAAAACACUGAAACUGAACAACGCCAAUAUAUCGAGACUGAACUUGGAAAUGUACUUUUGGUUAAUGCAGUUAUUGAUUAUAAUGAUUUACGUGGUAAAGUAGUUGAUCUUUGGUUAUCACAUAUUCAGAAAAGUUAUGGAUGUUAUUGGCAAAUUUAUCUUUCGGAAAAGAAUAUGUUACAGAACAAUUUAAAAAUCGACGAAAUUAAAAUUAUUGAAGAUAGUAAAUUAGUAAAUGGACAUAAAGUUGAUGAAUAUGUGACUAGUAAUUAUCUCUCCGAUGAUUUAUUCUCUAAUAAUGUUGUUUUACAAGAACAAAAUUAUGGGAUUAAUAAAACUAAUUUAUCAAAUAAUUUUCAACAACAAAAUUCAACGGCAAAAUCUCUUUCUGGUUUGGUUGGAUAUGAAAAACCGGAAACGGUUGAUUUGAUGGGUCAGAAACAGCCAUCCCUUUUGCCCAACUUUGGUGAUGAUCCACCUGUUCCUGAUCAGAAAAAUUCGAUUUUAAAACCAAUUCCGUCGAAAUAUGUGGAAGAUUUCAAACAAUUUUGGCAUGCGAAUUUUCCUGAUACUAUUCCGUUUAAUAAUGACUCUUCAAGCCAUGCAAGUGCUGAAAGUUCUCAACAUUAUUUCUCGGAUCUUUCUUCUAAUUUUGGGGAUCAUGAUUUAAUUAUUCGUUCCACGCCUCCACCGACAAUUGAAAAUAAUUUUGGAAAAAUUUUACAACAACAAAAGCAAAAUAUUAAUAAAAAUAAUCUUCAGUCCCAAAGCUGGGAUGAUAUUGGAUUGGGGAAUGACUUAUUUGGGAAUGAUUGUGGGAGUGAUAAUUCUUCUGAUUUUCUUGUAAAAAAUACUCAACAUUGUCAACAACAACAAUCAAUGGUUGGGACGUCUAAUUCUCUUUUGGGAAAUAAUAAUUUAAAUAAUAACAAUAACGCAUCCAAAAGUAGCAACAAAUUUGAAGGUCCAAUUGGUUUUGAUUGUGGUGAAGUGAUUGAUAUUUCAUCACGUGAGGAAACAAAAAAUAAUAGGGAUUAUGAUGAUUUGAUAAUGCUUUGA